AUGUUCCUGGUGGGGCUCACGGGUGGCAUCGCGUCGGGGAAGAGCACGGUGGUGGCCGUGCUGCGGGAGCUGGGCUGUGCCGUGAUCGAUGCCGAUGCCGUCGCCAGAGAGGUGGUGCAGCCCCACUGCAAGGCCUACCAGCAGAUUGUGAGCUCCUUUGGCACCGAGAUCCUCCUGGGGAACGGGGAGAUAAACCGCGAGGCUCUGGGGAGCAUCAUCUUCUCCCAGCCGCAGAAACGGCAGCUGCUGAACUCCAUCACCCACCCCGAGAUCCAGAAGGAGAUGCUGAAGCAGAUCUUGAAGUACUUUGUCUUAGGCUACCGCUACGUCAUCCUCGACAUCCCUCUGCUCUUCGAGACCAACAGGCUGACCAAGUUCAUGAAGUACACUGUCCUGGUCUACUGCGACCCCCCGACGCAGCUGGCACGGCUGAUGCGCAGGAGCGGGCUGGCGCGGGCGGAGGCCGAGGCUCGGCUGGCCGCGCAGCUGCCGCUGGAGGAGAAGCGCAGGUUGGCCUCCUGGGUCAUCGACAACUCCGGGGAGCGGGAGGCCACCCGGCGGCAGGUGCUGCGGCUGCACGCCCGCCUGCAGGGGUCGCUGCACUUCCUCUGGGCACGCCUGGCCGCGGGCGCGCUGGCGGCCGGCCUCGCCGCGCUGGGCUACCUGCUGCUCCGGCGCCUCGGCUCCUAGCUCACCUUUUCUUCUUGGCGUGGAAGAGGCCUGGAUUUCCAGGUUUGAAAAGGGCACUGAAAGGCCACCUCCCGUAAUGAGCUUUGCCGGCUGCAUGCAGACAGCAGGGUGAGGCUGCUCCUUGCAGGCUUCCCAAGGUGAAUGUAGCCGGGGGUGGGGUUUCCAAUCCAGCACCAUCUCCCCUCUCCUUUCUUCCUGCUCGGUUUCUUUCCCCACCAGCUGUGCAUGUGGCAUAGAACAGCUCCCCUUGGGUGGCUGAAGCUGGUGGAGGGAACACAGAAACCCAAAAUCUCCCAGCAGAGUGGAAGUCC